ACUUUAUUUGAGCCUCUGACUGUGAGCCGAGAGCAGGUUUCACAGGAGAUUCUCUCCCCGCACCUGGAAAGGAGACGGAGCGGGGAAGCAAGGUUUCGCCCCCCCCCCCCCCCCCCCCCCCCCCAGCAGGUGAAGAGGAGGGGGAGACACUAACGACCUGACACCGGAGAGGAUGAGGAGGAAAGCCCGUGGGAAUGAUCCUCAAGGUCUGGAGGACCUGACUGGGAUGUAAACACGGACCGUCAGUCUCUGAUCGGGAGUGUUUUCCGUCACCGUGAUGACGCCACGUGAGAGCUCCGUCUUGACUCACCUCCUCCUCCUCAUCUUCCUCCUCCUCCUCCUCCCCGUCGCCCCGUCCGUCCUCCACCCUCCGCACCUCCCCACGCUGGUCCCUCACGCACCGACGCCUCUCACGCGCUCCCGCUUCAGCGCCCGGACUCAGCUGGACUUCACCACCCACUGCAACUCCACCUGCCUGCACCGAGGGGAGCUGGAGGAACCCAGGGAGCAGCUCGCCCAGAAGCUGUCCUUUGAGACGCUGUAUGCGGACGGCUCCCGCACCCUCACCACGGUGGACGUGGAGGAGGACGGGCUGGGAGGAGAGCCUCCGUCUUACCCUUCACCCAGGAGAGGCUCGGGAUUGAGGCCCAGGCGCAGACGGGUGAGGCGGCAGAUCUACGGCGCCGACGGUCGCUUCAACAUCCAAGGCGACAACUUCCUGUUGGAUUACCCCUUCUCCACGGCGGUGCGGAUCUCCACCGGCUGCACCGGGGUCCUGGUGUCCCAGCAGCACGUCCUCACGGCCGCCCACUGCGUGCACGACGGCAAGGAUUAUGUGAACGGGGCGCGGAAACUCAGAGUGGGCUUUCUGAUUCCUCCGUCGCUCAACGCCACCAACGGCACCCUCGCCUCCUCCAAGAAGCCUCUGGUCCGCUGGGUGCGGGUCAAACGCACCCGUGUGCCGAAGGGAUGGAUCCAGGGUCCUCAGGAGGUCAGCAUGGACUUCGACUACGCCCUGUUGGAGCUGCGUUGGCCUCACCGUCGUCCUUUCAUGCGCCUUUCCGUGGCUCCGUCCUCCGACGAUCUGGCAGGGAAGCGCAUCCACUUCUCUGGGUUUGACAGCGACCGGCCCGGGGAGCUGGUCUACAGGUUCUGCCCCGUCGAAGAAGAGUCCAGCGACCUGAUCUACCAGCACUGUGACGCCCGACCCGGGGCCAGCGGCUCUGGGGUGUACGGGCGGGUCUGGGACGACGGCUUGGAGCGCUGGGAGAGGAAGGUCAUCGGGAUUUUCUCCGGUCACCAGUGGUUGGAGAUUGAUGGGGAGAACCGAGAUUACAACGUGGCCGUGCGCAUCACCCCCCUGAAGUUCGCUCAGAUCUGCUACUGGGUGCACGGAAACCGACUGGACUGCAUUCAGGACUGAGUGGGCCCCAAGGUGGUUUUGAAAGUACAGCAGAGAGAUCGGGAGAGAAAGCACUAAAACAUUUGAAUAGAUUCCAUAUACUGCAUCUUAAAGUCGUGGGAAGCUGAAGACGAUCCCAGCUGACUUUGGGUGAAGGCAGGAUACACUCUGGACAAACCACCAGUCCAUCACAGAGACACACACACACACACUCUCUCUCACAGUCGCCAUGUUUUUGGACUGUGGGAGGAAAGCGGAGUACCUGCAGAAAACCUCUCCCCCACUCCUGGACUAGAACCAGGGAUGUUUUCAUGGUGAGACAAGAGCGUUAACCACUGCACCAUGUCCUCGGCAUCUUUUAAUGUUUUCACCCGCAGCCAUGUUCAAGUCAGACUUUCCAUAAUUUUAACAGAAGCCACUUUUUACAAGAGGGGAAAAAAACCUUCCCUGCAGUAUGCCACUAGUAGCAGGUUAUUUAUACACACUGGUGUCGCUUGAGGGCAUUUCUUGUUAGUUCCACCUCCUGCUGCUCUGAAUAAAGAUCAAAUGCCUUUCAAUGACUGAGGAGGAUAUGUUGAUUGCAGAUGGGGGACUGUCAAUUUUAUUUUUUUGGAAGAAUGCUGAUAUAUUUUAAUAAACAGAGAUUUAUAACA